CGGCGCCCCCCGCAGCCCCGGGCGCCGUGCGUCCAGCCCGGCCUUCGGCCCCAGCCUUGCCCCGCUCGCCCGGUCCGUGAUCGCCCCAGCAAAUCGGGCCGUCCGGCGCGCUUGCCUUCGUGCGCGCUUCGCCCUGAGCCGGCCUGAGGGCUGUCCGUCCCUACGGGUCGGGCCAUGCCGAGUCGCCGCGCUACCAGAGCGUCUGCGCCCGAGCUGGGGGCCUUGGGUUCCAGUGACCUUUCCUCGCAGUCACUGACGGACAACAGAUCCGCAGAUGAACUGGAAAUCAUCGACGAAUACAUUAAGGAAAAGGGUUUCGGCCUGGACAGGGCACAGCUGGGCGAAAUGCCUCGUUUGGUGCCUCGCGGGCAGGCCCCACUGAGCACUGUCACCUUGGGUCCAGCCGCACCACCUACUCCUGUCCCACCGUCGCCCUGGAGCUGCACCCUAGGCCGGCUGGUGUCACCAGGCCCCGGCCCACGGCCUUACUUGGUCAUCACAGAGCAGCCAAAGCAGCGCGGGAUGCGCUUCCGCUAUGAGUGCGAGGGCCGCUCUGCGGGCAGCAUCCUUGGGGAGAGCAGCACCGAAGCCAGCAAGACGCUGCCGGCAAUCGAGCUUCGAGACUGUGGCGGGCUGCGGGAAGUAGAGGUGACAGCAUGCCUUGUGUGGAAGGACUGGCCACACCGGGUACACCCACACAGCCUCGUGGGAAAAGACUGCACCGAUGGCGUCUGCAGGGUGCGGCUGCGGCCUCACGUCAGCCCCAGGCACAGCUUUAACAACCUGGGCAUCCAGUGUGUUCGGAAGAAGGAAAUCGAAGCUGCAAUUGAGCGAAAAAUCCAGCUAGGAAUUGAUCCCUACAAUGCCGGCUCUCUGAAGAACCAUCAGGAGGUAGACAUGAAUGUUGUCAGGAUCUGUUUCCAGGCCUCCUAUCGUGACCAGCAAGGACAGUUGCGCCGCCUGGAACCCGUCCUCUCUGAGCCUGUCUACGAUAAGAAGUCCACCAACACAUCAGAGCUGCGGAUUUGCCGAAUCAACAAGGAGAGCGGGCCGUGCACAGGUGGUGAGGAGCUGUACUUGCUGUGUGACAAGGUGCAAAAAGAGGACAUAUCCGUGGUGUUCAGCACGGCUUCCUGGGAAGGCAGAGCCGACUUCUCUCAAGCUGACGUGCACCGGCAGAUUGCCAUUGUGUUCAAGACGCCACCCUACGAGGACCUGGAGAUUGUAGAGCCUGUGACUGUCAAUGUCUUCUUGCAGAGACUCACGGAUGGGGUGUGCAGUGAGCCACUGCCCUUCACAUACCUGCCUCGGGAUCACGACAGCUAUGGUGUGGACAAGAAGCGGAAGCGAGGACUGCCCAAUGUCCUUGGGGAAUUGAGUAGCUCUGAUCCACAUGGAAUUGAAAGCAAACGACGGAAAAAGAAACCAGUGUUCUUGGACCAUUUUCUUCCUGGCCACAGCUCAGGCCUGUUCCUCCCACCAUCAGCUCUGCAGCCGCCAGACACUGACUUCUUCCCUAGUGCCAUAUCUCUUCCAGGCUUGGAGCCUCCUGGCGGCCCCGACCUCCUGGACGAUGGCUUUGCCUAUGACCCUUCUGCCCCUGCGCUUUUCACCAUGUUGGACCUGCUUCCCCCAGCACCACCACUUGCCAGUGCUGUGGUGAGUGGUGGGGGUGCAGGGGCCACGGUUGUGGAGUCUCCUGGCCCGGAGCCCCUGACGCUGGACUCAUAUGCAGCCCCGGGUCCUGGAGAUAUUGGCACCGCCAGCCUUGUGGGCAGCAACAUGUUCCCCAACCAGUACCGAGAGGCAGCUUUCGGGGGUGGUCUCCUGUCCCCAGGGCCUGAAGCCACGUAGCCUUUGAGGUGCCAGAGGAGGUACUGGGUGAGGAGUGUGCUAGAGCACACCCCAUUCCCUGAGGCCAACCUUGACCAGUCUUCCAGCUUCCUCAUCCUGAAUCGGACAUCUACAGUGCUGGCAGGAAGCUAGGGAGAGCUCCGGUUCUCCUUGAGCCCAUUUUACAGAUGAGAGCGACAAGUCCGAAGAGGAAAAGGGGCUCCUGCAGGAAGGCCCCUUCUCAGGACAGAUUCUGAGAGAUUGUACAUAGGGGAGGAGGGAGCAGAUCCCUGGCCCUCUUCCCUGAUCCUGAAGGUGGGGGUAGGUUGUUUGUGCAGUUUUCCCAAUAAAAAUUAGUUUUUUGAGGCUUGGGGGUCUCCUCUUCUUUGCCUGAGAAACACUAGGUUAGUUUGGAAUUAAACAGUUGUGGCUGAGGGGCUGACCAGUUGGUUCCGCGGUUAAGAGCUAUCGCUGCUC